UGUUUGCUGUCAUUUAUUGAAUUUCGCGCGGCAUCGCGAUAGUGGAGUGAGUGGAGACGUACGAGUGGUGGUCGUCGCGUUUCAAGUUUCCCACGGAGGUGUAUAGAUAGGAGGGGUAAAGGGGUUUUUGACGUUCACUCCACUCUCUUGUGAGUUAAUCUGAGUUAGUCUGAGUUAGAGUCGAAUACAGUUCGCUCGCGGGAGCGAUUUCAGCACCGGUGACAAUUAGUAGACGAAGUGAUGGCGAGCUUUAAACAUCUCACCAGCCUAACAAAGGCACUCGCGACGAUGACGUUCCCGUCGCGGCCCUGUCUUCAGCAUGCCACGAGAAAGACCUUCUUUACGUACGUAAACGAACCGUCAAUGCCAAUCCCCAACAAGGAACCCUGCUGGUUGAAGACUGCCGAUGAGGCCAUCGAACAGGCCGAACUCGACUCAGAUCAGGUGGUGUACGUUCAAGGUGCGGCGGCGACACCCGUUGAAUUACUGAGAGCGAUGACCGAUUACGGGGUACGCUGCGAUGUAAGAAAUGUCCGUUUAUAUCACAUGCAUCUCGAGGGAGCAGCCCCGUUUGCUAAGCCAGAAAACGCAAAGCAUUUUAGAUCAAUUAGCUUAUUCAUCGGUGGCAAUGUGCGAUCCGCGGUGAACGCAGGCAACGCCGACUGUGUUCCCAUUUUUCUGCACGAGAUUCCGCGUCUCUUUAAGGAGGGCUAUGUAAAGCCUGAUAUCUCUCUUAUCCAUGUGUCCCCACCGGAUGAAAAGGGUUACUGCUCCUUCGGUACCAGUGUAGACUGUGCUCGGUCCGCUGUGAGUUAUUCCAAACGUGUCAUAGGUUUAGUCAAUAAAUAUAUGCCUAGGACCUUCGGCGACGCUCUCAUUCAUGAAAGUCAUUUGGAUUUUGCCGUGGAACAUCACAAACCACUGCCAAUUCAUGCGGUGAAAGCGCCUUCCAAGGCUGAGCAGAUGAUCGGCAAACAUAUCGCCGAGAAUUUGGUGGUAAAUGGUGCCACAUUGCAGUUGGGCAUUGGCAGUAUACCUGACGCCAUAUUGUCCUUGUUGGGUAAUCACAAAGACUUGGGUAUUCACAGCGAGAUGUUCAGCGAUGGCGUAGUGGAUCUUGUAAACAAGGGUUGCAUCACAAACAAUCAGAAGACGAUGCACCAGGGCCGAAUUGUUGGCUCAUUUUGCGUGGGUUCAGAAAAGCUUUACGAAUUUAUGGACAACAAUCCUUUCAUAGAGAUGUUGGCGGUAGAUUACGUUAAUGAUCUUAGAAUAGUUGCCAAGCAACCGAAGAUGACGGCCAUUAAUUCAUGUAUCGAAGUGGAUAUCACCGGUCAGAUUUGUUCGGACAGUAUUGGUACGAGAAUGUAUUCCGGUUUCGGUGGACAGUUAGAUUUUAUCACAGGCGCUGCGAUGAGUGAAGAUCGACAAGGAAAACCAAUCAUAGCGCUUCAAUCAGUCACCUCUAAAGGCCAAAGCAAAAUACAACCGGUUCUAACAUCAGGUGCUGGAGUAGUCACCAAUAGAGCGGUGGUGCGAUAUGUAGUAACAGAGCAGGGAAUUGCCAGUCUAUUCGGCAAAAGUCUUCAACAACGUGCAUAUGAGUUAAUUCAGGUGGCUCAUCCCGAUCACAGAGAAGCGCUCGAGAAAGCGGCGUUCGAACGCCUAAAAGUGAUGCCCGCUCCAUAAAUUAAAAAGCGUAUGAUGUAGGAAACACAUUUAAUAGCAUUUUACAAUCGGUCUCCCGUGUACUUUAACCGUGCACAACGGCCAACUAUCACUUCGUGUCGCGAAGUGUCUUCUUGUACAAUAUUGUAUAUGCUCUCUUACUAGAAGACAAUUCACUGGCCUUCUAGAAUAAGAGAGAGGAGAGAAAGAGAAACAUGUACUAGACCGAAAAAUGCACUAAAUUGUAUCAUUAUGUACGUAAGAAUUUGUAAUGCGAGAUUGCAUCUCUAUAUAUUCCAUAUAUAUAUAGAUAUUAAUUUAAGUUACGUAUUUUGUAUCGCAAAAACAAACGUUCUAGAACGUGCUUUGGAACACGAUUCAGAUAGAAAAUGGCGAAACUUGACGCUAUUUCUAGAUGUAAAACAUUUUUAUAUUAAAGUCAACGUUUCUUUGUAUAAUUUUUAGUGUUUUCAUACAAAAUUGUAAUGUAAAAAAGUUGAAAUAGUACGCAGAAAGAAAUUAUUAGUUGAGUGAGAAUGAUUUAC